UCAGAUUGUGAGUGUGACGGUCGGUGUUGCUCAGAAGAAGGAAAAAAUGAAUUGUGUUCGGAGACCAAGACAAGAAUUUGGGGAAUUCCGCCAUGCGUGCGUGCAAACUUCCGCCGUGAGGCAGCCGGUAUCCAGCAGUGUUUUUCAUGUCGACAGUCUUGCCUUGCUGUCGGACGGAGCUCAUGCCACGUCCAAAGAUACAGGUGCAGCAUGCAAAAUGUAGUGUGUAUCAGCUGGGAAGGUUCGGUUGGCUAGCGUGACGGCGAAACUUCAGCAAGGAGACACGUCGUUGAAAUUACAUUAGCGAAGUUGAAACAUUAUAAUCGGGUGCAGAAGUCAGUGUAGUGUUUGUGUCCGUAGAGUCUAGGUCGGGACUCGUCGAGAGAAUGCUCCAGGAAAACCAUGCCAGAGCGAUGUGUGCAACGGUCCUCCACGGUGUGUGGCUGGUGGUACUUCUUCAGCAGUUCAGCCAAGAGUGCGGUGCUGAGAAUACAGUUGGCACUCUCUCCGUGUCCAUCGCCGACCUGCGCCUGGACCCGUCAGCCUUUCGAUGCAGCUCAACCGGCUCCGUGUCGUACGACUCAACAAUAUCCGGGUGCAGAAUACUGCAGCGGUUCUGUCUCGGCUCGGGAAGUCACGUGGGAAUUGGAGACUCCCUGCUGUGCAGCUCCGCACUACAUAGCAGCUUGUCAACGCUGGGCAUCAUAGAACGUAAUUUUACUAUGAAGCUGGGCACACUCGAGCAGCAUGCGGAUAGGAAGAACCCCAGAAAGGGUCCACCGGCACCGCCGUUAGCGCAGACCAAACCUUGGAAAGUGUAUGAUUGCUCCAAUCCAUCACUCUGCUACCCCUACCUACUCAAGUUCCCCAUUCCCGCCGCGCUCAUGGUCCGUGCGGCUACGCCAAAGCUAUACAUGGUGCUAGCUGAAAUCGAUGUACGGCCUCCGUACAACCGUCGUGUCAUUUUCCACAACUUCCUCACCAUCCCUCUACCCAAUGCUGAUGGGCUGUCAGCUGCUCAGAAAAAGCAGAACGUCGGUGUAAAGACAACGGUUCAAUCCGUCACCGCGAGCGACUCGAACACCUUCAUCCUGGACCUGCGGCGCGAUUUGAAGCAGAUUGCUCAGACGCCGGAGGGCAAGAUCCUGGUCACGAAGCUGUUUGACUACAUGCUGGGACUAUGGGAUGGUAAAGACAAGUAUGACGAAAGGGAUGCGUACCUACCCGGCACGGGAAAAGUCAAGAUGAAUCUCUCCGUGGCCAUCAAGUGCUCUCCCGGUUACGGGCCGCCCGGAGAUUGCAGCUACCAGAGUCCAUGCAGCCGCGCAGUGCUGCCAGUACAGCAGCAGCAGCAGUCAGACCUCGGAGGCGGCGGCGGUGGAGGACAGAAGAAGCGGUCACGCCGAAGUGCGCCCGGCCCUCCUGUACAGCCCUGCACGGAUGAUGAUACACUAUCCAGCACAGACAAGGUAUUGAUAGGUGCUGCAACGGGAUCAGCAUCACUUGUGCUGGCGGCCCUCGGUGUCUGUGUCAGGAAAAUGUUCGGUUUGAAAUCCUCCCGAAGAAGCUUGCGCGACGAAGACGACGGUGAGUCUAUGAGCGAUGAGCAGGUCCGCCAACCACUUGCAAAGGAAGACAGUGGUAGCGUUCUUGUGAUUGGAAACGCUAUGACGCCCACCGAUGUUGUUGAGUUCGACUCUGAUUUUGACCAGUCCGACGCGUAUGGAACGGUGGCACUCUAGUGAAGUAGUCGUAGAGCUGCCUAAGUUGCUAAAUUGUGAGCUAUUUGCAUGAUUUUGAUAUGUUGCCUUUGUCGAAUUCGAGCAGUGUGGACUUUUUAUUCAUUUUUUGCCACACAGUUGUUUUUGCACAUGUUCAAAAGCUCAUUAUUUGCUUGAAACAGAGGACAGUUCCAACUCUCCUACAACGUGUGUAGUCAAUCUGCUAAGACCCUUUAAAGCAUUUAUUUUGCUUUUGGGCAUUUUAUGCCUUCUCACUGGCCGUGAUGGCCGGUUCUUUCCCGCCCAUUCUGCACAUGCUCAACCCUAAGUUUCCUUGUCCCUGGCUAUGACACGGUCCUUGCUUCUUCUCCCACACUACUCGCAUGGCCACACCAAUCCCAAUAAUAGGGUUUGUGCUCUGUCCACCCAAUAUA